AUGAAUAGGGUUCGUGUUAAUUCAUCUCCCGACUUAGGUCCUUCUUCGUCUACAGUCAAACAAUCCUACGAUGAUUCGGCAUUAGAGGGUGUGGCAGCACACUUAAAAUUACUGUUAAAACUGAUCCAAGAUCAUAAAGAUGCCUGUAGUAAAGAGCAAAAUGAUAGCCGGAGAAUGCUAAGAGUGGCUACAAUGAUGACAAUUCUUGAUAAUGUUAGAACCAGAAUCCAAAAAUGUCAAUCUUUUGGUAACAGAAAAUCAGAACUUCGCCGAUGCAACACGGAUCUCAGGCCAAACUGUAUUCCAAAGGACAAGAGACCACCCGAGGCAAUAACCGACGAGAAAGAAAGGCUAAGAAAACAACUAAGCGCAAGCUUAGCAGCGCGAAAAAGCCUGGAAAUUAUGUGUUCUAGUUUGGGAAAAGAGAAAGAGAUUAUGGCAGCAGAACUUUAUAGAAAGGUUCAAGAAUUGAACGAAAUGGAAGAACUUGUUAAUGAACUCAAAGCAAGAAAUGGAACAUUGCUGGAAAAAGUACAAAGUUAUGCAAAUAGAUCAUGUGUUGGAGAUUAUCAAGCACAGCAGAUCGUAGACCUCAACGAGCGUAGCAAGGAGUUAUCGGAUAAAUUGCUGAGAUCCCUCGAGGGUUAUCGGUCUGUGAAGAGGAAGCUUAGGGGAAUGCAAGAAGAAAAUAUGGUAAUGCGCGCAGCAAUGGAUGAAAUGGGGGCCAAAGUUAAAACAAGUCUCGAUAGGGUUCGGAGCUUUAAGGAACGUAUAUCGUCUGGUUAUGCCGAGAGUGAUGAUAUAAAAGAAGAAAUUAUUGUUUUGGAGGAUAUGUUUGAGAGUUUCCAACAUGAAGGGAAAUGCAUUGAUGUUAAAGGAGAGAUCAGUGCUUCCUCCGAGACCGUCACCAUCGAGAUCGCGUACCGGCGUCGACAGCAAUCUGCCCGCCUUCUCUUUGCAGCGAACACGCCAGAGAUCUAUUGCGUAGCUGCUGCGACGGCUUCGUCCUUGCAGCAAUCUGUGAAGCCCCUGUGGUGGCGGCGACAGUUUAAUGGUAUUAGUGGCGCUGGUGUGUUGUUGCUUUGUGGGGCUUUGUUGGUGGUGGCAGCGGUGCAUCUAUAUAGGGUGGGCUGUGUUGAUGGCGGUGUGGCACGAGGUGGUGUGAGGUGGUGGUGUGCGUUGGGGUGCGAGGUGGUGGUGGCGACGUAG